AUGGCGGGCGUUACCCCAUCGCCAGAUGUUAGUCCCGUGUCAGCAGCGACCUCCACUGGACAAUUCCCGCGAGACUCAUUCUGUCUUAAUCUUUCCACUCUGCCGGACGCGAGCAAUUUCCUUCUAAAGUCGACCCUCAAGUCUCCUCAUCUCCUCGACUCCCCAAAUGGUUUCUACACUGGUGGUGGUCCCUUCAAGAAACGGCCCCGCAACAUGUCACAAUCAUCAGGAACAGACCGCGAGAUGUCCAGCGAGGCCACCCAAGUAGCAGCGCCCAAUGGCACUGCACCUACGAGCAACGGCAACACUACAACAGAGCCUCGUCCCACUACAAAGAAGCGACCGAGCACCGAUACCAUCGACUAUCCGCGCAGACGCGCGACCAUUGCGUGCGAGAUUUGCAGAUCGAGGAAAUCUCGAUGUGAUGGCUCCAGGCCGAAGUGCAGGCUAUGUACAGAACUCAACGCCGAGUGUAUCUAUCGAGAACCCGGCAUCAAACUGGACGCAGGCGACAAGUUGAUUCUCGAGCAUCUGAACCGUAUCGAGGGUCUAUUGCAGACAAAUCUUGCCAAUGGAUUCUCCAUCUCCACACACUCCCCCGCUGCGAGUAACUCCACGAGUGAGGAAUUCCUCGCUCGUAGCUCCGGCAAUAUGGCUGCUUUGGGGCUAGGUCCGCCCAUACACGGGAUCGGUACUUGGAAUAGUACUCCUUCCAACAUUUCGACUAUGCCCAAGACGCACACGACAGCAGCGCUCCAUUUACUGCAAUCCCCCAUGAUACGGGAGCUAGUAUCCCGCCCCUACGAUCCAAAGGUUUUGCUCCAGCUCGAAAUGAGCCGUGAGCCGCUCAGUCUCAACACUUCGCUUGGCCUGGACUUAUCCAAUACUGGCGCGUACGUUAGAGCAUUCUUUGAAGGCGUCAACGUCUUCUAUGCCAUCGUAAAUCCAUAUACAUGGACGAGCUAUUACCAGACCGCGCUUUCUCGAGGCUUCCGCGAGGGCGCUGAAAGCUGCAUCGUAUUACUCGUACUUGCGCUCGGCCAUGCAUCUAGCACAGGAACCAUUUCUCACCAGUCUCCUGACAAAGAUCCGCCAGGGUUGGCAUAUUUCGCUGCUGCAUGGGGUUUAUUGCCAAGUCUGAUGACCAGAAAUAACAUGUUAGCAGCGCAAUGCCAGAUUUUGGCAGCAGCAUAUUUGGUGUAUCUCGUGCGACCUGUGGAAGCAUGGAAUAUCUUGUCUGGGGCAAGCAUGAAAUUGCAGCUCUUGCUAAGUGCCCCUGGCAGAGUCUCUCCAGCUGAGGAGGAAUUAAGCAAGCGAGUGUACUGGAAUGCUGUCAUGAUCGAAAGCGAUCUCUUAGCGGAAUUAGACCUUCCGCAUUCUGGGAUCGAGCAAUUUGAGGAUACAUUUACACUUCCUACAGGUUUCGAGGAUGUUGGAGCGGACUCCCUUGGAAGAGACGAACUAUGGUACUUCCUUGCUGAAAUCGCCCUUCGACGAUUACUCAAUCGAGUAAGCUCGAUGCUCUAUAUUCGCGCAGCACCAUUCAGCAAAAACCCGGCAGCCCAUUCAAUUACACAACUGGAUCCUUUAGUGGUGGAGUUGGACUACCAAUUGAAUCAAUGGUAUGCCGGCCUGCCACCGGCGAUGCAGUUCCCUCUCGACCGGGUUCCACUCCAGAAUCCGGUACAGACCGUUCUAAGGUUACGUUACUUCGCGUGUCGGACUAUCAUCUUCCGACCAUACAUCCUCCAUGUGCUACAAGAUGAAAGCCUCGCUAUGGACCAAAACGUUCAAGAGAACUGCCACAAAUGUCUCGAGGCCUGCAUUCGCCAACUCGAGUAUAUCACGGCCCACCAUGCUGGCCACCUCCCUUACCUUUUCCAAGGUGCUUUAUCUAUUAUCUCGCAAACUCUUUUGGUGAUGGGAGCGACCAUGUCAGCCUCUCUCUCAGCGCUACUUCCUCCGCCAGCCACGAUGGAUGAUAUUAUUACCAACGUUAUUCACGAGAUGGAGCGUUUGGCUCACUUGGCACCUAGUCUCAGACUCUCUGCAGAGAUCAUUCGAGAGGCCGAAAGCAAACGACAGAUGUGGAUGCGUACGGCAGGACUCAAAUUUGAAUCAUGA